UUAGGUUUGAAAAAAAAAAAAAAAGAAAUGAGCCAAGAACAGCUGGAUAAGCCUAUAACUUAUGACGUAAAAGAAGAGGCCGAGAAGAUCCCGGCGACGGAGGAAAAAGAGAAAGGUGUUGUCGCCGAUGCCUCCGGUGAACAGGCGAAGGGAGAAGAAGUAAACGAGAAAAAGGUGGCAGCAAAUCCACCGGCAUCGGAAGGAACAAUAACUAUCGGAGAGGCUCUAGAGGCGGCGGUUCUCACGGCAGGGAAUAAGCCGGUGGAGUGGAGUGAUGCAGCCGCUAUACAAGCGGCCGAGGUUAGAGCCACUGGACGGACCAACAUCAUGCCCGGUGGUGUUGCCGCUUCUGCUCAAUCAGCUGCCACUCUCAAUGCUAGAGCUAACUCCGACGACGACAAGACUACGCUCGCCGUUGUCCUCGCUGGAGCUAGAAGCAAGUUACCGUCAGACAAACCAGCCACAAGGAAAGAUGCAGAGGGAGUGACAGGUGCAGAGAUGAGGAACGAUCCUCACCUCACUACUUUCCCAACCGGCGUGGCCGCCUCUGUAGCUGCAGCUGCUCGGAUUAACCAAGCCAAGUGAUAGCCAUUCUUCUUUCUUGGGGCUUAUGUAAUUAAG